CACUGAGCCAAGCCCACCCCAAAAUCCUCGUCCUUCUCUGUCGCUGCUGUUCCUCCCGUCCCCGUAAUCUUCGAGGGUUACGACGCCCCGCUUCAUGGCCUCUUGCUGUCAAAGCCACCACUCCCAUCCCUGCCACCACCAAUCUCCUCCUCCCGCGACCGCCGCCGCCCACUGCUACUGUAACCCUUCACCCUAUUGUUGCCCUUCACCGCCGCCCUCACUUAACCAGUUGCUUCAAGCCAUUGCUUCACUUCUGGAUCACUGGGAUCCUCUUCCGCCCUAUCGUUACACUCAGUGCGACCAGUCUGAGACCUACGGGUUUCUUAAUCAAAACCAAUACCGUAAAUAUUCCUCUAAAAAUCGCCUGCGUCAGCAUGAACAACAAGCCCAUUCCGCUAUUGCGUCCCUUCUCUGUCGAAUUGAAGCGCUAGAAUCUUCUCUGCGAUGGAUUUCUUCUUCUUCGCAUGGCUAUCGUCCGUCUUCGAAUUAUUCCCUUCGGGACUCUGCAGCUCGUGUUAUUCAAACCCACUUCCGUGCCUUCCUUGUUCGCAGAUCGAGAACCCUCAGGCAGCUUAAGGAGCUCGGCUGUAUCAAGUCGAGAUUUAAUGCUCUCAAAUCAUUACUUUCCAACGACGCUUACAUUGAUUAUGCAGCUCUCUCCGGCGAGGCCUUGGCUUUGCUUCUCCGGCUUGAAUCUAUCGAAUGCUGCGAUCCGAUGAUCAGGGAUGGGAAGGGGUCCAUUAGCAGAGAUUUAGGACACUUUUUGGACUCCAUUGAAGGGGUUGCUGCGAAAAAGCAAUUGCGUGUAGUCAAGGCGACGAAAAAUGCGAGGUUUGGUCAAAACAUGGACAAAUCCAGAGUUUUAAAUAAACCUGGGAAUUUUGGUCAUGAUCAGGGGAAACUGUUGGAGAACCUCAGGGGAAGAGUUGAGAGAAUUAGCCGAUUAUGUAAGCUUUCCGCAAAUGAGGAGGACGUAAAAUCCGAGGAAAUUCUUCAUGUCAUCGAUGACAAUGAUGAUGAUGCAGAUCCCAGUAUAGUAUUCAGAAGACGAAAGGGUACCCAGACUAACAAUGGUGUUUUUGUUCAAAGGCAAGAGGUUCAACAUAAACCUAAAGCGAAGAAAAGUGUAAGCUUUGCAGAGAGUGGAAAUUUUUCUAAGAUCAACAGCAACAAUUAUGAACCAGCUCUAAGUGUAGAUGCGACUGGUUUAGAUGGAAGUUCGUCUAGUGAUGAGCAGGAAGAGAUAUUGGUGCAUAUUAGAAAUGAAGCUGAAGAUGUUUUGGAUUCUUCUCGUGGGGCUGAAGUUGGUGAGGAAGACCUGCUGGACAAUGGGGGAUCAGCACUGAGUAGUGAUGGCGAAAGAAACUCUAAAAGGCAUCUCAGUAGAAAUGGAGGGACGGUUAUAUUUUCUGCCCCAGUGCCUUUAAAGAUGGAAUCUAGGGAUGAUUUGAUGAAGAGCAAGGGUGUAAGAAUUUUGACUUGAAAAAACAUAACACGGUAGGUUUCUGUCUGUAAUUUUGUAGCAGUCUAUUGACAUUUGAUUGUGUUCGCGUAAUUGGAUUGUAAGCGGUAUUUGUUUGGAUUUCAGAUUGACAGAGCUUCCUUCUUCUCUAGUGAACCAUGGUUUUGCAAAUGGA